AUGGCCGCUCCUCUCGAUGCACCCGCCGCGGCGACGCCCGGUCGCAACUGGAUGCACUCAUUCUGGGAGUUCUGGACUCCAAUCGACACCUGCCUCAUGGGCUGGUGCUGCCCCUGCAUCCUCUUCGGCAAGACCCAAUCCCGUCUCGAAGACCCCAGCUUGACAAAUUACAGCCCUAUCAACGAUAACUGCCUGAUCUGGUGCGGCCUCAACUGCUGCGGCGCCAGCUUCCUCAUCCGCACAAAGAAACGCGACGACCUGCGAAAACGGUACAACAUCACAGAAACACAUCUCGAGCGCGUGCUCAAGAUGGAGCCGGGCUCUAUCAAGGCGAAGCAUGGGGUUGAGGGGAGUAUGGUUGAAGAUUGCCUCGGGUCGUUCUUCUGCCCGUGUUGCGGCGUUGUGCAGGAGGAGAAGGAGGUUGUUCGACUGCUGCAGGAGGGGACGCAGGUUGCCGAGGGGUAUCGGAAGCCGGAUGGGAUGGCGUAUCCUUAG